AGUAAUAAUUGCCUGCAACUAAUUAAAUUAAUACUUUUAUCAGAUUUUUGUCAACAUGUAUAACUUUUAAAAUAGGUCGAAAGAAUUUAUUAGCCUCUCUUAUAUCAACUCCAAGUAGUGAUAAUGUUGUUUCAUCUUCAAGUCCUACCAAGAUCAAAAGGAAAACCAUAAGAAAACGUAGUCGUAGUACGUUAAAAGAUUCCAAGAAGAAACCCCGUUCCAGUUUUUCAUCGAGUGCUUCAUCGACUUGUUCCAUACCAAGAAAAAUCUGGAAAUUGUCAUCAUUUUCGCAAGAAAAUGAAAAAAAUACGAAAUCUAUUAGAAUAUCGUCAUCAUCGCAGGAUUCAAUUUCUUUGGUCGACGCAAAGAAAAAUGCGAAAAAUAUCUUUACAAGAGAUAAGAAAAGAACUCACAAGACGCAAAAUGGAAAAACGACUCCUAAAAAAAAAGAAGCUAUCAAUCGCUGUCCAACUUGCAGGAAAACUGACGACAUAUCUACAAUAAAAUCAUACGUAGAAUCGAUGAAACGUAGCCUUGAAUAUCGAAUUAAAGAAGAAUCUCGAAUUAUUAGAGAUCAUAUAUUAAAAACAACUGGAGUUAAAAAAACAUUGAUGACGUAUUGAAAAUGAGCCAAAUAGAAGGAAUUCCAGCAGCUGAAUUGGAUGAAUUUUUGAAGUUUGAUAAUAAAUUGAAAACUGAUGAAGUUCUAAUAAUAAAUGUGAAACAUAUGAUGACAAUGUACGCCAAUAAAGAGAGAAUGUACAAUAGUUUUACCAGCGUGAUCCCAAAAAUAAUGAAUAAAAGUGUCCAACUAUUUUACACAGCAUUUGGCCGAGAAACUAAAGGGAAAAUAAAACUGAAUUUUUCUGCAACUGAAACUUAUAAGUGCUUAAAAGCUGUCAUCGAAAUACAAUUUCCGGAUAAGGUAACAGAUAUCUCAUCCGUAUUAAGUCGUUGGUUCUCUAGUGCAUCAGAUAGAGAAGGUGGUCGCAGUGACAGGGUCAAAAAAAGUUCUUCAAAAUCUGUCGAAGAUCAAGCUCCGUAA